AUGAACGGGAGACACCACCGCCACAAAUCUUCCGCCACCUCAAAGCCGCAACAAUACCACCGUGCCAAAUCGAAUUUCCGCUACGUCAAGAAAUCCGAACUUAGUUCUUCAUCCAACUCUCUCGCGGAUGAAGAAAGAGUUUCCCCUGAAGAUGUUGAUGUCAACGGCAAUAGCAGUAACAGUAACAACACUGCCGGUGACGUGGCUAGCUCAAGCACGACGAAAGAAGGCGGUGAUGACCAUGAUAUUGAUCUUAUUAUCGAUAAUAGGCUUGAUAAGUUGCUAAGUGAUAUUCAACAACCUGAGUUGUCCAUUGAAGAGAUCACAAUCAAUGAUCAAUUGCAGCAAGAUGAGUUACUUGUGGUGGAGUCAAUUUAUGGAGAAAAUGUUUUCAGCCUUGAUACAUGGAAAGGCUUGCGUUGUUUUCAGAUACACAUAAACAUUGAUACUUUGGAUGAAAUAGGCAUUACUGCUAAGAUGAACUCUGUGAGUGAAGUUGAAACUAUAAGCAGCAAUUCAGAUGACUUUUUAUACUCUUUCAAAGUUCAAUACCUUCCACCGAUUGUUUUGACGUGUUUAUUACCUAAGUCAACAGCAAGGGCAGGAAGUGAUUUACCAUUGGACUCACGCGUGGUUUCCGGAAUUGGAUGCAUUGAUGCUGAUAUUCCUUUUUUACAAAGCUACAAUAAUGAGAGACGCCAUCAGAACUUCCUUAAGGAAUUGCAUGAAUGUUGCAUUUGCUAUAGUGAAUAUCCAGGUACCGAAUUCGUCCAAUUACCAUGUAAACAUUUUUUUUGCCGCAAAUGCGUGCAGACCUUUACCCAAAUUCACGUAAAAGAAGGGAACAUUAGUAAUCUUCAAUGUCUGGAUGCAAAAUGCAAGGACAUGAUUCCACCUAGCCUUUUAAAACGUUUUCUUGGCGACGAAGAUUACAAACGUUGGGAAUCAGUGAUGUUAGAGAAAACACUUGCAUCGAUGUCCGAUGUUGUUUAUUGUUCGAGAUGCGAAACACCCUGUAUCGAGGACGAAGACCAACAUGCUCAGUGCCCAAAAUGCUUUUUUAGCUUUUGUACUCUUUGUAGAGAACGACGCCAUGUUGGCAUAGAAUGCAUGACACUAGAUAUGAAGCUUCAGCUUCUGCAGGAUCGGCAAAAUUCAUCCCAAUUAAAGGGAAAUCAAAGGCGUCUUGAACUUGAAAAAAUCAAUGAAAUGCUCAGUGAGAGAGAAAUUCGCCGUGAUUCCAAGUUUUGCCCGUCUUGUGACAUGGCGAUUUCUCGAACUGAAGGUUGUAAUAAAAUGAAGUGCGGUAAUUGUGAACAAUACUUCUGCUACCGCUGCAACCAAGCACUUGAUGCAUCAGAUCCAUAUGGACAUUUCAGGGACGGGUCGUGUGAACUGUUCCCACGAGAAAUGAUUGAUAACUGGCAAGUACAAGCACGUGUAAAUCCUCUCCAGGAAAUACAACAAGUGCAUGCUGAACUCUUUCACCUCGGUGGCUCAGCAUGUCCUAGUUGUCGUCAAUUUAAUGUAAAGAUUGGAAACAAUAAUCACAUGUUAUGUUGGGCAUGCCAAAGCCAUUACUGCUACUUAUGCAACGGAGUUGUCAGGCGCGGCACAAAGCAUUAUGGACCGAAAGGUUGCAAACAGCACAGUGAGGGAUAG